UUUUGGUGGAUGGGCUAUAAAUGAAAGCUGAAUAUCAAUGUAUUGAGCAAAGGAAGGGUAGAGCCUUUACCAUUUACGUGCACGUUUAUCAGGGUCAGGGAUUAGUUCUGUACGGUUUUUCUCAUUCUCUCCUGCUGGUUGCAGCAAGCUGGAGGGUUCGGAUGACACUGGUGAAGGAAUUGAUCAUUGACUGCCUCUACUUUGGUUUUUCUUUCUCCUCGGUGGUUCUGGUUAUUAUGUAAAAUAAUUUUGGAGAGAAUUUCUCCCUACUGCAGAGAGACAGAGGCAGCAGGAAGGAGCUGAGUUUUGCAGCCUUGGGUGUUGUUCGCAGCAACAGCCUGAUUUAUUUUUCGGAGGGGUUGGGGAGCUGAGGGGGAGAAGAUGAAGAACUCCGAUGGGUUUUUUAGAGGUGUGAUCAAGGCUCAGUGGAUUUAAAGUGGCUCUCUCUCAGAAGAGGUGCCCAGCUGUCCUGGCAACGAUUGAUGGGCGGGCGGCUUUUUCACUGUGCCUGCCCCUGCUUCCUCGCCAUCGUGCCGUUUCGUGCAAAAAGGGGAGGAAACUGUGCCCAUCAUGUCUUAAUGUUCAGCGGGGCGUGGCGCGCUUCUUCUCCCAGCCCUGUUCUAUGGCAGGCGGCAGCGGCAGCAGCCUGCUUCCUCAUUUUUAAAGUUGGUAUUUUCUGCCUCUCAAAAGUGGGGGCAGGGGCACAGCUACCCUGAUACCUUCCAGCUGUGCCGGCAGCCGUGUUAAGUGCUAGGCAAGCCGCCCCCCACCGCAUUAUCAAGACAAGGCGCGUUUUGCCCCAGCCCUUGGCGUAGUGCUGGCGCUGCAGCAGGGAGCGCGUUGCUGCUCUCGGGGCGGGCGCGUGUCCCCGGCGGCUCGCCGUGCAGCAGGGGGCGGGCCGGGGGCAGGCUGCCAUGGGAGAGAGCAUGUCCAAGCGACUGAAGCUGCAGCUGGGGGGCGAGGCGGAGAUGGAGGAGCGGGCGUUCAGCAAUCCCUACCCGGACUACCAGCUCCACGAAGCCGCCGCCGCCUCCUCGAGUCCAAGCGAGGCCGCGGAGACCCAGCGGGACCCGGCGCCCUCCCCAGUCGGGGAAGAGCCUGAGUCCCUCCCCUUCGGCCCGGACGGGAAGAUCAGUUCUCAGUUCACAAGACGGAUCCAGAGUAAAAUCGGAGACCUGCUGCAGCAAAUGGAAGAGGGACUAAAGACAGCGGAUCCACAUGACUGCUCUGCAUAUACUGGCUGGACAGGCAUAGCCCUUUUAUACCUACAACUGUACCGCGUCACAAAAGACCAGAAGUACUUGCAGCGAUCCCUGGAUUAUGUGAAGAGAAUACUUCGUAAUCUGAAUGGACGAAGGGUUACUUUUCUCUGUGGUGAUGCUGGACCCCUGGCAGUAGGGGCAGUAGUGUACCACAAACUAAAGAUUGACAGUGAGUCUAAGGAGUGCAUCACAAAGCUUUUGCAGCUCCAGAGAACGAUCAUAAGCACAGACUCUGAACUUCCAGAUGAGCUUCUUUAUGGCAGAGCAGGUUACCUCUAUGCUUUGCUCUAUUUGAAUACAGAAAUUGGUCCAGACACUGUACCUCAGUCUGUUAUCAAAGAGGUGGUAGAUGCCAUUAUUGAAUCGGGUAAAAACUUCUCAAAGGAGGAACGCAAGACUGAACGCUGCCCCCUGUUGUACCAAUGGCACAGGAAGCAGUACAUUGGAGCAGCCCAUGGCGUGGCUGGGAUCUAUUACAUGCUAAUGCAGCCAGUUUCAAAUGUGGAUCAGGAGACCCUGACAGAGCUGGUGAAACCGAGCAUUGACUAUGUACGUCAUAAAAAAUUCAGAUCUGGGAACUAUCCAUCAUCAUUAAGCAAUGAAACGGAUAGACUAGUCCACUGGUGCCAUGGUGCCCCAGGAGUUAUCCACAUGUUAAUGCAAGCUUAUAAGAGCUUUAAAGAGGAUAAAUAUUUGAAGGAUGCCAUGGACUGCAGUGAUGUCAUCUGGCAGAGAGGUUUGCUGAGGAAAGGGUAUGGAAUCUGCCAUGGGACCGCUGGCAAUGGCUACUCCUUCUUAUCUCUCUAUCACCUAACUGAGGACAAAAAGUAUCUCUACCGGGCUUGCAAGUUUGCAGAGUGGUGUUUAGAGUAUGGUGCACAUGGAUGUCGUAUUCCUGACCGACCCUACUCUCUAUUUGAAGGCAUGGCGGGAGCUAUUCAUUUCCUAUCGGACAUAUUGGUACCAGAGACUUCCCAGUUUCCAGCAUUUGAACUUGGACCUCAAAGGAGAGAAAACAAAGUGGAACAGGACAGCUAAGAGAUCUGUUGCAAUGGAAACUCAAUGUCAAGAGUGACAAGACUAUCUAGUGCCUCUGAUACUGAACCAACUUUAAAGCCUAAAUAAGUGACAAGGAAAUCCCUCUUCACACCUCUUUCUCCAAAGGACCACAAGUCAUUAAAGCAUGAAUCAGAAGCCA